AUGUCGUUUUUCAAGAACGUUGCUUCUGGUUUUGGCAAACAUAAUCGUGAUUCUAUUCUUAAAGAAUCAUUGAUAAAUAAUUUGUCAGAUUGUGUCAAAGACAUUCAAUACAAUAGUCAAUUUGAAGAAAACUUCCAUAGUGUUCUUGGAUCAACUGACUCAACAAAUACAUUAUGUAUGGCUUUGGAAGCAGUAUUUCUUCAUGGUUUAAAGGACACGUUUCUAAGGAAGGCUAAAAAUGUUAUAUCGGGUGAUCCUGAUUACCGUCCGCAGUCUAGUUUUUGGCCUCUUAUACUUGUUUUAUCUCAUAGACAAAAUAUUGAUCACAUAUCUUCACUACCACAAAUAAACACAGAAAUAGGUCAGUGCCGUGCUUGGUUACGAAUUGCUCUUAACGAUUGUUUGCUAUCAUCAUACAUGGCUACAUUAUUGAAGAAUAUAUCAGCCGUUAAACCAUUUUAUAAUCGAUCAGCAUUUGUUUGUGAUUCUGAAAUAUUAGAGGUAGCACAGAAACUCGUUGAAGGUUUAGAAUCAUGUGUUCAGUUUAACUUACCGAUAAAUUCAAGCUUAUUAAAUCAAUGGCCAGAACAGGUGCUAAUGCAAGCGGGGAUAUGGGUACCUACAAUGAGAGCUGCUCCUAUUAGUGCUGGCUUGGAUGUGGUCAGUACACUUUCUGAUGAAAAUAAAACUAAAUUAUCAUCUACACCAACACGAACAUCUAACCUUACAGGGUUAGGCAGAAUGUUGGCAUUAAAUGAAGAUGAAGCUUUAGAUUUUAUUCUUUCAAAGGAUUCAAACAAUAUUACUAAUAGAAUUGAUAAACCACAAAUCGAAGAAAAGAAUGUUGCUGAAGGAAAAAAAGACAACUACCAUAAGCAUCUUACUGCUUCUAUUACUGUUGAUAUUGAGAGACCAACUACUAGUCAAGAUCAAGAAGUUCAGGUGUAUCCUUCAUCUAUUGAAUCUGGAGAUUUUAUUACAUCAUCAGAUAUGCUUGUUACAGGAAACUCAUUAUGUGGAAAAGGAUGGUCAACAGACAAUAAUGAUGAAUUAAAUACAUCAAUAAAUUCAAAUUCGUCCCAUGGAAGUAGCCUUAUUAAAACUCCGGAAUUAAAAAGCCUAUCUUCUCUGUUAGAUCAUUCAAGUAACUUUGGUGACACAUAUGCAAAUACACCAAAUUUAAGAGAUAUUAUGAAAGAUAUUCACAAGGAAUUAAAGUUGACAACUGAGGAUAAUGAUAUUUGUGAUCUAACAGUAGAAAAUACAGUACCAGAGGAACUUGCAUUGUAUGGCUUAGAUUUUGAAGUUGUGCCUAAUAAUUCUACAGGCUCUUUUAGUGUCCAAGAAUUGCAGAAACUGGUACAGCAACUUGGAACAUUAUCGACUGAAAAGGGACUAGAUCAUCAAAAUUACCAGUGUAAAGGUUGUCAAGACUUAUUAGGCAGCACAGUUUCUAAAGCAAAAGUAUGUGGCUACACUGGAGAAUAUUAUUGUUCCAAUUGUAUGGAUCCAAAUGUGUUUAUAAUUCCAGCUCGAGUUAUACACAACUGGGAUUUCAAAAGAUAUCCAGUUUCAAAAAAAUCUGCACUCUUUUUGUUAGAAUUUCAACAUAAUCCAUGGAUAGAUAUGAAAAAGCUAAAUCCAAAGAUAUAUUGUGGUGUUUCAGACAUGGCACACCUUCAAGAAUUAAGAAUACAGCUUAAUUUUUUAAGGUCCUAUAUAUUUACUUGUAGAGAACCAGUUAUUGAAGAGUUACAAAAAAGGGUUUGGCCUAGGGAGUACUUGUAUGACCAUGUGCACUUAUACACAAUAUCUGACCUUGCUCAAAUACCUAAUGGUUCCUUAGUGUUGCAAUUGGAGAAGGUGGUUAAUUUUGCUAAAUCACAUGUGCUUGAUUGUUGGCUUUGUAGUCAAAAGGGAUUUAUAUGUGAAGUCUGUCGAGAUCCAAAAAUAUUGUACCCCUUUGAAACAAGUAUAACUUACAGAUGUGAUGAAUGCUCAAGUGUUUUUCAUGCUAAAUGUCUUAAUGCAAACACACCUUGUCCAAAAUGUAAGAGAAAGCAGGAGCGUACUGGUGAUUCCUCUUUGAUAGAUGCUGUUCAUUUCAUUAAGUAA